AUCUAUCCUAAAACAAGAUUCUUAUUUAUAAGGUCAUGUUUCUGUGAAGAAUAUUAGGUGAGAAUACAGAUUUCUACUGUGUGAGAUAAAUUUUUGCUUGAAAUUAAUUCAUGGUAUGCAGCACCACCUCGUUCAAGGAAAUAUCAUUAAAAAAAUUCAUACUAUGAUUUACAUUGAAAAAAAAACGUGUCUGAUAAAAAAAACGAAAAAAAAAAUUAGUAAUGUAAGUUUAGUAGGUUUGCACUAAACAGCAUACUACAAAAAUCUACAGUGUAUACUAUUGAAACUAACAAUAUUUGUACUGUCUGAUGUUAGAAAUACGCUGGUAUCAGGGAACUGUACCGAGAUUAUAGCUAUGUACAAAUAUUAAUACGUACAGAAGUUAUACACAGUGCAUGACUAUGCUUGAAAUCGAGAGCUUGACUUGCACAGGGUUCUGUAACAUCGCGUAAUUAAUUAAAAUUAGAUAACUGUUCAUUUCUUGCACGUUAUAACAGAAAACAUUAAGAAUAAUAUCAAAUAAUACAAAAAGCUCUUUGUUGAUUUAAUGGUACAUUGUAUUAAAUGUUGCUCAAUUGUAUGCAAAUACUCUUGCAAAGCAGGCGUACAAACGUAUAUUAAAGAUUUUGGCAGAAGGCACUGUGCAUACAAAAAAAUUACUGAAUAGUAUGUUGGGGAAAAUUGUUCUCAUUGAAUUUUAUCUUAUUUGUACAAAAUGUACGUAAUAUACUUCACAUGUGUAGGAUGCUUUAUUUUGACGAUCAGGGUAUGAAAUAUUUUUAUUUUGUGUAUCAUUUUUGCACAUAUAUACUUUCAAUGUAAGCAAUAUUUCCCCCAAAAUGGAAGUGUUCGAACUUGAAUAACAUACAUGAUUCAUGAAAUUAAAUUGCCAAGAUUGCUUUAAACAAACAUAAGGUACAAUUUUUUUUGUUUAAAAGUAAAAAAUAAAUCCUUGAUAUCUUAGUACCGUUAUUAUAGGAUGACUUUUUAGUUUAUUAUAAUUACUUAAAUCUAAUUGAACUUUUAUAUACGUGUUGCAAAUUCUUUCUUAGCAAAAACUAUUUUUUGUUUUAAAAUACAAAUGCGAAAAUUUGUAAAGAAAUCAAGAUAACGUAUAUAGUCUAUAGCAUUGUAUGAAUAUAUUGUCAAAAAUAAGUAUUUGAAAUAAAGAUUUCAUAAAAUUUCGCAAAUAUUUCUGUUCCCUGGUAGCAACGACUUUCUGUAGCAUAAUAAAACAGUAAAUAAUGAAUAUACUAUAUCUAUAUUUUAACCGUGCCUAUUAUUAGACGUAUUUAUCAUAAUUCUACUACUUAUUACUUACUGUUAUCGGUUUUUAAAUUUUUUAGUUUAUAAUUAUUUGUUUUUAUAAUCUAUCUUUUUUUUGCGUAUUGUUUUGGUCUUUUUUGUAUUUAAAAAGAAAUUCAGAUAUACAGUCAAAAUAAUUACGUUUUAUAUGAAUGAGGUUUUCUUGGCUGCUGCAUGCAGGUUUUGGCAUAAUAUGAAGUCCUUUCAUGUUAAGAAAGCAUAGAGCACCAAGAAACAUUUAUCUAACUAAGUUUUACUGAAAAAUUCAUUUUGGUACUAUUUGAUACAUGUAUAUGAAUAUACUAAAAAAUGUUCCCUCAUUUGUAAAUUUACAUUCUGAAAAAGGGCAUUAAUAUUUGCCUUACUUACUUGCAAAAAAAAAGAUGUCUUUCAGUUACCAGAACAAUUUGGAAACAGUACUAGUGUUUGCACAAUAACAUAUAAUGAUAUACCAAGUGUUAACUGAUUACUGAACGUGAAAGAAGAAAGAAAUACAAGUGAUUUUAAUUAACAAUAAUAAGUAAUACCUACUUGAAAAAAAUGGAUAUCGUUUAUGUUAAGAGAAAUUUGUGUAAAAAUAUACAUAAGAGAUUCCUUAAGCAUUCAAGGGAUUUGAUUUCAAUUAAAAUACCUCCAUAUUAUACUAUGUAAGCACUUAUUAUUGAAAUAAAUAUAAAUCUUAAGACUGAUUACGCGUAUCUCUUUAUUUUAGCCUUUAUCAUGUAAACUGAAUAAAUUCUUUACAAAUAUACAUAGGAUAAACAUGUUAAUGAUUUUUAUAAACUUUUUGUAAUAUUACUGUUUGUACACUAUAAAAACUGCAAUAAUGUUUUGCACUCUUUCCAGACGUCUAGUCUUUCUUGAUUGAAAGUGUAUGGGAUACUAAAUCAGUCCUACAAUGCACGUAACAAAAAUGUUAUAUAUGCUUUCUAAUCCCAUUUACUAACUUGUGUAAUAAAAUAAUGCUAUUAGUAGUAUGGCUUCUAGCAAGAAGCCUUUCCAAGACUAUAUGAAGUUCCCUGUUCAUGUUAAGAGACUGUCACUUCUGGGCGGGAAACAAACUUCUAUUAAUUCAUUUGUUUAGAGAAAGGUGCCAAAUGUUUCCUUUCUUGUUUUUGGCUUGUGUUGUUGCCAUCAAGGUAUUCAAGAAGACUACCCCAAAUGGAAAAGUCACAGUCUACCUUGGUAAAAGAGAUUUCAUUGAUCACUUAGAUAGUGUAGAUCCUAUCGAUGGAAUCGUGGUUGUUGAAAAUGAUUAUCUUCAAGGCAGAAAGGUUUAUGGACAGGUAACAACAGUUUUCCGCUAUGGCCGAGAAGAGGAUGAAGUCAUGGGUGUCAAGUUCAGCAAGGAACUUGUUCUCUGUCGUGAACAGAUAGUUCCAAUAAAAAAGGAAAAACAGGACAUGACACCCAUUCAAGAACGUCUUUUGAAACGACUUGGAGCAAAUGCAUAUCCAUUCUUAUUUCAAUUUCCACAAAAUUCUCCUAGCUCAGUUACACUUCAACCAGGUGAUGAUGAUCAAGGAAAACCACUAGGAGUUGAAUAUACUGUCAAAGUAUAUGUGGGUGAACAUGAAGAAGAUAAGGGACACAAAAGAUCAUCCGUUGCAUUAGCAAUAAAGAAAUUACAAUAUGCUCCACCUACAAGAGGACGUAAAUUGCCUAGCUCUUUAGUUUCCAAAGGAUUUACAUUCUCUCAAGGAAAAUUAAAUCUUGAAGUCACACUUGAUAGGGAGAUUUAUUACCAUGGAGAAAAAGUAGUUGCAAAUGUCAUAAUAACUAAUAAUUCUCGAAAAGCAGUGAAAAAUAUUAAGCUUUUUGUGGUGCAACACUGUGAGGUGACAAUGGUUAAUACUCAGUUCUCUCGACAUGUGGCUAGUUUAGAAACACGUGAAGGUUGCCCAAUUACACCUGGCGCUUCCUUUACAAAAGAGUUUUAUCUUGUACCACUGGCCAGCAGCAAUAAGGACCGUCGUGGAAUUGCGUUAGAUGGUCACCUAAAGGAUGACGAUGUGAAUCUUGCAUCUUCAACUAUGGUUGCUGAGGGUAAAACGCCUGGUGAAGCUAUGGGUAUUGUUAUCUCCUAUUCUGUGCGAGUGAAACUGAAUUGUGGCACUUUGGGUGGUGAAUUGGUAACGGAUGUUCCGUUUAAAUUAAUGCAUCCUGCGCCUGGAGCUGCAGAAAAAGAAAGAGCCACCUUGAAGAAAAAUAAGAGCAUUGAUCGAGCACGUUAUGACAGCUCUUAUGCUAAUGACGACGAUGAUAAUAUCGUAUUUGAAGACUUCGCUCGUUUACGUUUGAACGAGCCAGAAUAAAGAACAUUUACCAAAGUGACAAAUAUUUACUUCAAAGGAAUCUUGGAUCUUCAAUACAAUUUUACUGAAAUAUAAUAGAAUUAUCAACGGAAUUAGUGAAAAGAUAAUAAACUGUAACGUGUACAUGUAUAGAAUGUAUUAUAUCAUUUUUAUUCUAGGAUUCUUUUGAUGUAAGAUAUGUCCAAUUACUGAAAGAAGAAUAAAAAGGUACAGAAGGUAAAAACAUCACAAUAUCCGCAAUGCAUUCAUUGGUCCGUGAAAAUUAAAAAUAAUAAUCUAAAAAAAAUAUUACAAAAAUGCAAAAAAAAAAAGCGAAAAGUGUUACAUGAAAAGUAUAUAUCGUCUUAGAAUUUCUAUUCGAUGGUGGUGGUCGAUUAGAAAUUCACAUAAGGGCGAACAAAAAAAAUGAUAAAUGAUUUUAAGUAAGCUUAAUAAAUAACUUAUAUUUGGUUAAGAUUAAAGUUUUCCCGCCUUACCAGAAGUGACAUGUAUGCUAUUAAUUUUUAUUUAUCAUGAUUAUAACGUGUCUGUACAUGUUUAUUUAUUACAAACUGGCAAUGUUAAGUAAUAUCUGUAUGUUAGAAAAAAAUAUAAAAGUUACAAAAUGUAAA